UGCACGGGGGUGUGUAAGUGUUACGUAAUCAUCAGAGGAUGAAAACCUGCAUCUAGUGAGAGAGAGAGAGAGAGGUCAGAAGUGAGAGUGAGUGAGUGAGUGAGUGAGUGAGAGAGACUGAAAGAGAUUAACAGGAUCCAGUCCUUCCAGUCUCACAGCCAGUGUGACAGAAGAGCAGUUCUGACUGUGUACAUGAUAGUGUAUACGCCUGGGUGCAUGUCACAACUCUCCGUUCUCUGGAUCUGCUCAUUGUAUCACAGGACUGCGGCAGAACUUUCUGGCCCAUUCAUUUGUUUACAUCUGACACCUGCUCUGACUUUGGACUGAAUCUGGGCUUGACUGGACAAGAUGCUUCUGCAUUUGGGAGGCUGCAGGGGGAAGAUGGGCAUUCUGCUCAUCAGGAGAGUGGGUUUGUUUUGUCGUUCUGCCCACUUGUCUCCCCAAAGCCUGGAGUAUCGACCGAUCAAAAAGGUCAUGGUGGCAAACAGAGGUGAAAUAGCCAUCCGGGUGUUUCGGGCAUGCACAGAGCUUGGGAUCCGUACAGUGGCUGUAUAUUCAGAGCAGGACACGGGGCAGAUGCACAGACAGAAGGCAGAUGAGGCUUACCUCAUUGGCAGAGGCCUGUCCCCUGUUGCAGCCUAUCUCCAUAUCCCUGACAUAAUCAAAGUGGCUAAGGAAAAUAAUGUGGAUGCAAUCCACCCUGGUUAUGGCUUUUUAUCAGAGCGCGCAGACUUUGCCCAAGCCUGUGUUGACGCCGGGAUAAGAUUCAUUGGUCCUUCCCCAGAGGUUGUGUGCAAGAUGGGGGAUAAAGUGGAAGCCCGUGCCCUGGCCAUAAAAGCAGGUGUUCCAGUUGUUUCCGGAACAGACGCACCCAUCUCAUCUCUUCAAGAGGCUCAGGAGUUUGCCAAAACAUAUGGCUUUCCCAUUAUCUUUAAAGCUGCAUAUGGAGGAGGAGGCCGUGGGAUGAGGGUGGUCCGAGAUUAUGAGGAAUUAGAGGAGAACUAUCAGAGAGCAUAUUCAGAGGCUCUGGCGGCAUUUGGUAAUGGUGCUCUGUUUGUUGAGAAGUUCAUCGAGAAACCACGCCACAUUGAAGUACAAAUUCUUGGUGAUAAAUAUGGAAAUGUAAUUCAUCUGUAUGAGAGGGAUUGCUCUAUCCAGAGAAGACAUCAGAAAGUGGUAGAGAUCGCUCCUGCUGCCCAGCUCGACCUUCACCUCAGAGACAGACUGACCUCAGACUCGGUCAACCUGGCAAAACAGCAUACUUAGCAUGCCCUUCCUGAGCUUUCCUCUAGACAGUGUG